AUGAGGAUCCGUAAGCGCACGCCAGCCAGGGCCGCCUCACCGGGACCGACGCGCCACCGCGCCGAAUCCCCACCGCCGCAGCAGCAGCUCAAGGAGAGGCCCCACGAGAAGGAGGUGGAGGAGGAUAAAGCAAGCCUGCCCGUCGUCGGAGUCGGAGAGGAAGAAGACCUGGUACCAGCCGCUUCCGAGAGAAGCGCAACGGGCGUUCAGAAACAGAAACCGGAUUCAGAGCCGGCCACGCACGGCGCCAGCACGGCGGCGCUGCCCGCGAGGUGCACCCGGAACGACGGGAAGCGCUGGCGCUGCAAGAACGAGGCCGUGCCGGGGUACAUGCUCUGCGACGGCCACAUGGCGUGGUCGACACGCAGGCGGCGCAGGCCCAGGGCCAGCAACAAGAAUCGCAGCGGCCGCGUCAAGCACGAGGCGGCCAUGGAGGCUAGUAACCUGCCAUGCGACGGUGGCGGCGACGAGUUCAGCUAUUAUGGAGGUGGCGGGUUCCAGCCGGGCUCCCCAAAGCGGGCGAGGAAUGGUGGAGCUAGGCCCGCUCCGUGAACCAGCUCGGCGCGCGCUGCUGUGUUGAGUCUCUCAUGCUUCCAUCCAUUCCGCACAGCUACCUUUGCCGCAUUGAUCGAUAGCUCUCGCUUUUAUUCUUAUACAACAGCUUAAUCAAAUCCACUACAGCUAACUGCACAGGAUUCACAGGCAAUAUGUGGCGCCUCCCUCGAAGAAAUCUGAGACCCGAUACAACACUGAAGAAAUCUGAGACCCGAUGGAACACUGUUUUUUUUAAGCAAAUGAUCAUUCGUACACGACAUUCCUGGCAUUGCUUCUGCCCGUAUUUUUCUUUUCUGUUUCGCUAGUCAAUUUACAUUGUGAUUCAUGCACUUAACGUUGUAAGGGGGUUGCAGAUAAGAUUUUAAAGAUGCAAGAUUUUUCA